UAACUGCAGCCAGAGACAUGCACAGACAUGGUGAAGUCUAAGGAUGCAGAUAAACUGGGUUUUGCCCACACCCAAGUCAGACACCAAACAGCUUCAGAGAGCUGCAGAGCGCUGGAUCUCCGAGUGACUCCCUUCAAAACACCUUCACCAUGUUCCUUGCUAAAGCUUUGCUGAGUGGAGGAAGCGGCAGCAGUCGUGGAGGAAGCCUUGCACGAGGCCUUGGAGGGCUCCUGACAGGAGGUGGAGGUGCAGGGAAUAUUGGAGGACUUGUUGGAGGUCUCGUCAGCCUUAUAAGCGAGGCAGCAGCUCAGUAUAAUCCAGAGCCACCCCCACCUCCUCGCAAUCAUUUUACCAAUGUGGAAGCUCAGGAGAGUGAUGAGAUCAGGCAGUUCCGUCGCCUGUUUGCCCAGCUGGCUGGAGAUGACAUGGAAGUGUGUGCCACAGAGCUGAGGGACAUCCUGAACAAAGUCCUGUCCAGACACCAGGACCUGAAGACGGAGGGCUUCAGCUUGGACACGUGCCGUAGCAUGGUGGCCGUCAUGGACAGCGAUGCGAGCGGCAAGCUGGGCUUUGAGGAGUUCAAGUACCUGUGGAACAACGUCAAGAAGUGGCAGUGUGUGUACAGGCAGUGCGACCCUGCUCUGUCAGGCUCUGUCGGGAGGGCCCAGCUGCCCCACGCCCUGCAGGCUGCGGGGUUCCAGCUGGGCGAGCGGCUGUGCCAGCUGAUCGUGCGCAGGUACGCCGCCGAGGACGGCAGCAUGGACUUCAACAGCUUCAUCAGCUGCCUGGUGCGGCUGGACAGCAUGUUCAGGGCCUUCAGGGCCCUGGACCAGGAUGGGAGUGGGCACGUCAAGGUCACCAUGGAAGACUGGCUGCAGCUGACCAUGUAUUCCUGAGGGCGUGGCAGAGGCAGCUGUGUCUGGAGGAUACACGUGGAGGGCUGCAGUGCUCUCUGUACAACUGCAGCCUUUCCAAGGCAGAUGUAGCUAGUGCUAAAUGGCUCGGCUUCAGGGGUAGUGAUUCCUCUUGUGCAUGCACUAGUCUGCUUUGCUGAGGGGUUUGUGUAGGUUGUUGAUUGGGCAGUUGCAUAAAUCUGUCUUCAGAAAAUUACUAGACUCUAAGGUUAGUGAAUAUAUUGGAAAGAUCAAAGCUUAGUUACUUUUUCAUGUAAAGUGGCUUGUAUAUGAAUAUAACUGUUAUAUAAAAAAGCUCCUAAGUUUGGUGUUGAUGUUGCUGUUCUGAUUUGCCAGCAGUCACUAAGCUGGAAUAAAGGCUGU